AUGCUGCUUACCAAGUUUACCCCGAUCAUCUCACGAGCAGCAGUCUUGCACGGGAAACGUGCACUAUGUUCACAACCACACAUCCAAUCCAGAAGAUCUCUCUGGGAGGAAGAGAGGCUUCCGUUCUACAAGCCCCAACAAUUCUAUCCUGUACACAUCGGCGAGACUCUAAACACAAGAUAUCAAGUGGUAGGAAAGCUAGGCUACGGCUCUUACUCCACGGUCUGGCUAUGUAGGGACAAAAGUAUUGACCUAGCUCGACACAGUGAAAACAAAUACGUAGCUAUCAAAGUACUGACCAACAACCUCUCUCAGCGCGCCCUGUCUGGAGAGCUCGGAAUUUAUGAGCAUUUGAGCAGGCUGAAUUCUUCCCACAUCGGAAGUGCCUACGUUCGUGGCUUGUAUGAUACUUUCAGUAUUCCUGGCCCAGACGGUACCCACCAAUGCUUGGUGCAUCCGCCCAUGCAUCUGUCGCUGAACGAACUGCGGAUGCUCUCGAGAGCUCGAAGGCUCAGUGAGCCACUGCUCAAACAAACCCUGUUUUGCAUCCUGCAGGGUCUAGACUUUCUCCACCGAGAGGCCGGGGUAGUCCAUACUGACAUCAAAACGUCAAAUAUCAUGCUCAGUAUCGAUGAUGAAUCGAUGCUCACGGAUUUCCAAAAGGCCGAGCAACAAAACCACAGUCCUCGGAAAGUAAUAGAUGAAUCCCGGACAAUCUACACCUCCCGGAACCUCCGCCUCCCCAAGGACAUGCUAUGGGGGCAGCCGGUUCUUUGCGACCUGGGACAGGCCCAGAUUGGCCAGUCUCACAGGGGCAUAAUUCAGCCGGAGAGUUUUCGAGCGCCUGAGGUACUGUUCGAUAUGGAUUGGGGCUCAGGUGUUGAUAUUUGGAGUCUUGGUGUUAUGACAUUUGUUCAACGCGCUCGACGAAGACGGAGAUUACUCCCCUCGCAUCAUGUGGCUGAGAUGGUGGCGUAUCUUGGGCUGCCGCCUUUAUCUUUCGUGCGACGAAGCCAGGAGACUCGCCAUGUUUUUGCAGGUGAUGGUGAGUUUUCCUUGCUUGGUGGGGGUCGUGCUGACGAGUAUAUGAUAGGUAAAUGGCUGGGUGCGGGCGGGGUUACUAUCCCUGCAACUUCACUGCAUGAGGUAGAGGAGAACCUUACAGGAGAGAAUCAGCAGCUGUUUCUCGAGUUUAUACGGUCGAUGCUGCAGUGGACGCCUGAAAAGAGGAAGACAGCCCAGGAACUGCUGGACGACCCCUGGCUGAAUUCAGAUCCAUAG